GAGGAGGAGGAGGAGGAAGGCUGAAUGCGCCUCCUGACUGCGCGCCGUCCUCGACACAUAAAGACAGGAGAAGAUCCGGAGACUGAGAGUGAAGGCAUGGCCCAGCGUCACAAAGGAUUCGGAGCGGAGUGGAGACCUUGACAGAAAGAGGCUGCAGACUCCAGAGGAAGAGGAGAGGAGGAAGAGCUUGCCAUGGCUCUGGAGGACGGAGUGUGACGCAUCGCUGGGCGUGAAGAGUCCUCAGCAGCAGAAAGCGGACGGCGCCACCGCAGCUACAGCCAGAUGGAGGCUGAGAAACGCCAUCGUACCCGGUCCAAAGGAGUUCGAGCUGCGGUGGAUGCAGUGACUCAGGAGUUAUUCAGCUGUCCGAUCCCUGGAUGUGACGGCAGUGGUCAUGUCAGCGGGAAGUAUGCCAGACACCGCAGCGUCUACGGCUGUCCGCUGGCCAAGAAGAGGAGGACUCUGGACAAACAGACCCCGGAACCGGCAGCAAAGAGGAGGCCCUUCAUUGCUUCCUGCCUGGGAGAGGAAGAAGAAGAGGAGGAAGAAGAGGAGGAGCAGGGGGGUGGAGCCUUCAGCAGCUAUGAAACCAUAGAGGUAGGACAGGAGAGGAAGGAGCAGGGAGAGGAAGACGAGGAGGAGGAGUUCUCCGAGGACAACGAGGAGCAUGGAGAGGAGGAAGAGGAGGGGAUUGCAUUGGAGAGUUCAGACACGAGAGAAAGAGGAGAGCAAGCGGAGGAAGAGGAGGAGGGGAUGGACGAGGAUGAAGAUGAUGGUGACGAUGAGGAAGAGCCGGAGGAUGAGGUAGAGGAAGAAGAGGACGAGGAAGGGGAGCAGACUCUGCUUCAGGAGAACCAGUACAAACCCAGCGGACAAUCAAAGCUCCACCCCGUCCACAAGGACAACAACAACAACAGCUGCGCCAUCAGAAACGCCCCCAAAGAAGAGUACGAGAACUACGACGAGCUUGUGGCCAAGUCGCUGCUCAACCUCGGUAAGAUCGCAGAAGACGCCGCCUACCAGGCCGUGACUGAGUCCGAGAUGAACAGCAACUCGUCCAACAGCGCCGGGGAGGAAGACGAUGACGAUGAUGACGGCAGCGAGCCGGACGACAGGCAGGGCGACCUGAGCGUGGACCUGGACAGCGAUGUGGUCAGAGAGACUGUGGACUCUCUGAAGCUCCUGGCUCAGGGUCACGGCGCCAUGCUGCCUGAAGACGGAUACCCAGAGAGUGCUGUGGUGAAUGAUGGGCGGGGGCUGGGGGUCAGGGGUCAAACGGAGGGAGCUGGGGAGGAGGUAUGUCUCAGCAGUCUGGAGUGUCUGAGGAACCAAUGCUUUGAUCUGGCCCGAAAAUUGAGCGAGACGCCACCGUCGGACCGACCCGCCCUGCACAGUAACUACGUUCAACAAGCAGUGGACCAGCAGGUGCUGCAACACCUGAACAGGUACGACAGCUAUCCAACCGGAGUUCAGGAAGACGCCAGGCCUCUGGAGCGGAGCUACUCUGAGAUGUUGAACCUGAUGAAGCUGGAGGAGCAACUGAGUCCAGCAUCCAGAGGCUACAGCUGCAGCCAGGAGGGCGACGAGGACACCACCUCUGUAGCUUCAGACCGCUCCGACGACACGUUCGACAUGGCCAAGGGAAACCUGUCGCUGCUGGAGAAGGCCAUCGCCCUGGAGUCCGAGAGGGCAAAGGUGAUGAGGGACCGGAUGGUGACUGAGCACGCCACGCCCCGCCGGGACCAGCACAGCCCCAGGCUUAGCAUGGCCGCUGAGGAACGCAAGUCCAGGAUGCACCCGGAUGGGCUGAAGAGGGCGUACUACCCUAAAGAUUCUUCCAGAGGAGAGAAGAAGGAGAGCAAGUGUCCGACGCCGGGCUGCGACGGAACGGGUCAUGUGACGGGUCUGUACCCGCACCACCGCAGCCUGUCCGGGUGUCCUCACAAAGACCGGGUCCCGCCUGAAAUCCUUGCCAUGUAUGAAAAUGUGUUAAAGUGUCCGACUCCUGGCUGCUCUGGACGGGGGCAUGUCAAUAGCAACAGGAACUCCCACCGCAGUCUGUCCGGCUGUCCCAUCGCUGCCGCAGAGAAGAUGGCCAAGGUCCACGAGAAAACCUUCACUGCCGACGCCGGCGCCAAGACCAAUCAGACGUCAGACAGAGUCCUCAGGCCGAUGUGUUUCGUCAAGCAGCUGGAGAUUCCUCAGUACGGCUUCAAGAACAACGUUCCCACCAGCACGCCGCGCUCCAACCUCACCAAGGAGCUGGAGAAAUACUCCAAGACCAGCUACGACUACGCCGGCUACGAUGGCCAGCAGCCCGGCUACGGCAAGAGAGGCCCCGCCCCCAAAGCCCUGCAGGGGCGAGACCUCUCUCCGAAGGGAUACGACGUCUCCGGCACUGCAGCGAAGCGGUACUGCAAGACGUCGAGCCCGGCCAGCAGCACCACCAGCUACGCCCCCAGCAGCAGCAGCAGCCUGAGCGGCGGCGGCGGCGGCGGGGGGGGCAGCAGCGCCAGCAGCACCUGCAGCAAGAGCAGCUUCGACUACACCCACGACAUGGAGGCCGCCCACAUGGCCGCCACCGCCAUCCUCAACCUGUCCACCCGCUGCCGGGAGCUGCCCAACGCCCUGGGCGCGAAGCCCCAUGAGCUGCUGGCCCAGAGCCCGGGGGCAGAGGAUGACGGGCCGGCGGAGCCGUCCGGUGCGCCCGGCGGGCCGGAGGGUGGCGGCACGGUGCUGACCCCGCUGCAGCCCAUGUCGCCGCAGCGCCAGGCUCUGCUCAGCAGCCGCUGCUUCCAGCUGGACGCCGACUGCUGGGAGCUGCCGGUGGAUUUCACCAAACGGCCCGGAGAUGAGCCGGAGCUCAGAGAGCAGACUGACGAUCUGGACCCGUUCCAGGAGCUGCUGGACGAGCCGCGGUUCCCGGCCGAGGUGACGGCGCCCAGCCCCAAGCACCACAAGUUCCCGCCCUGCAAGGAGGGCAAGAAGGAGCUGAUGAGUCUGUCCAGCUGCCAGAUCGCCGAUAAGAACAUUCGUGGUUUGAUGUCGUCCAAUUCGCAGGAACUGAAGUGUCCCACUCCUGGCUGUGACGGAUCGGGACACAUCACGGGGAAUUAUGCCUCCCACAGGAGUCUCUCCGGCUGUCCUCGAGCCAAGAAGAGCGGCGUGAAAAUCCUCCACAGCAAAGAGGAGAAGGACGAGCAGGAACCCAUCAAGUGUCCGGUCCCCGGCUGCGACGGACAGGGUCAUGUGACGGGGAAGUACGCCUCCCACCGCAGCGCGUCAGGCUGCCCCCUGGCGGCCAAGAGGCAGAAAGACAGCUACAUGAACGGCUCGCAGUUCGUCUGGAAGGCCGGGAAGACGGACGGGAUGACGUGUCCGACGCCAGGCUGCGACGGCUCAGGACACGUCAGCGGCAGCUUCCUGACCCACCGCAGUCUCUCCGGUUGUCCCCGCACCUCCUCGGCCAUGAAGAAAGCCCGGAUGAGCAGCGCGGACAUGCUGACAAUCAAACAAAGAGCGAGCAAAGGAAUAGAAAACGAUGAAGAAAUUAAACAAUUGGAUGAAGAAAUCAAAGAUCUGAAUGAGUCCAACAAUCAAGUGGAGUCGGAUAUGAUCAAACUGAGGACUCAGAUCACCACCAUGGAGACCAACCUGAAGUCCAUGGAGGAGGAGAACCAGGCCAUGGAGACGCAGAACGACUCGCUGCUGCACGAACUGGCCAACCUGAGCCAGUCGCUCAUCAACAGCCUGGCCAACAUCCAGCUGCCCCACAUGGAACCGAUGAACGAACAGAACUUUGACUCGUACGUCAGCGCUCUGACUGACAUGUACACCCACCAGGACCGGUACCAGAGCCCGGAGAACAAGGCGCUGCUGGAGAACAUCCGCCAGGCCGUCCAGGGCAUCCAGGUCUGACCGGAGCGGGAAGCCGGUUCCGGAGGAUCCGGGCCCGGGUCCGCUCCUGUUUCUGUCCUCAUCAGUGUCUGGUUCUGUUCUCUUGGUUGG